AUGUGCGCGUCAGGAGUGACGAAUCCUUUCGAUGUGAUCAAAGUGCGUCAACAGCUGCGAACGCAAACCCCCGGCCAAAGCGCGAACGCUUUCUGGGCCAUCGGGUCCCAGAUGGUGAAGAGUGAAGGUAUCAAGGCUGUGACGCAUGGCUUCACCGCGUCCAUGAUGCGCGAAUUCACCUACUCGGGCAUGCGUCUGGGCACGUACGAGUUCUUCAAAGACACACUGCAUUCAGUCUCGAACGGCGCACUAACGCGAGAAGGCGUCGCGCUCAAGGUCCUCGGCGCGACAUGUUCCUCCUCCAUAGGCUCAUUCAUCGCCAACCCCACGGACGUCAUCAAAGGCGCGGGCCUGGCAGUCCGCAUGCAAGCGCACUACCCGCAAGGCCGGCCGUACCGGAACACCGCGCACGCCUUCGUCUCCGUCUUCCGCGAGGGCGCGCACUCGCCCGCCGCGAAAGGUGUUCCGCUGCUCGGCGGCCUCCGCACGCUGUGGCGCGGCGCCGAGGCGACGACGUUCCGCGGCGUCGUGCUCUCGAUCUCGCAGAUCGCGUCGUACGACCAGGUGAAGCAGACGCUCAAGCAGCGCGGCGUCAUGCGCGAGGGCAUCGGGCUGCACAUCACUGCGAGUCUGUUCGCUGGGUUGUGCUGCUCUGUGAUGUCGAGUCCAGUCGACGUCGUCAAGGUCCGCCUCAUGACGGACAAGAGCAGGCAGCUCAAUGGCGUCUUCCACGGCGCGAAGACGAUCCUGAUGAACGAGGGCCCGAUGGCGUUCUACAAAGGCUUCAGCAUGUGCUGGGCGCGGCUAGGAACGCAUACGAUCGUCAGCUUCCUCAUCUUUGAGGAGCUGCGCAAACUUGUUGGCAUAGAUCCAGUGUAGCGCUGCUUUCUCUCAGAGAUACCUCUCGGAUGGAGUAUACCAAGAUAUGUCGGGAACAGUGCCAUGCUAUCGUAUCGUACUGGAUACUCAUGACUUUUAGUCGUACACCGUAUUACAUUGCACAUCGUGCUUUUGUUGCAUCAUGCAGCUUG